AGUAAAGGCUCAACUUUCGUGUCAAGUUAAACCCAAGUUUUGUUUCUCCUGCCACCUGUUAGUCCCAUAAAAUAGCAAAACCAGUACAGUCAAAUCCACUAUAAACAUCCAUGGUCAAAUUAACACAGCAAUUGCAUGUUCCUAUCCCAAAAAAAAAAAAACCCUAAAAGGCGCAAAAGGCAAAGAACAAAAGUGAAAAAGGCAAAAGGAAAAAGGAAAUGCCAAGCAGUAAUGACGAUGAGGAGGAAAUCACAAAUAUGGAGGAAGGUGAAACUAAACCCUCAAAAGGAUCUGGUUUUUGUGGUUCUUCUUCCACAGUUCCAAUCAUACAGAAGGUAAUUGCGGAGGCAAUAGGGACAUACUUAGUGGUAUUUGCAGGGUGUUGUUCAGUGGUUUUGAAUGUGCUAGAUGGGAGAGUGACGUUUCCUGGGGUGUGUGUCGUUUGGGGUUUAGCAGUGAUGAUCAUGGUUUACGCGGUGGGGCACAUCUCCGGCGGCCACUUUAAUCCGGCAGUGACCGUCACGUUCAGCAUCUUCCGGCAGUUUCCUUUGAGACAGGUGCCACUGUAUAUAAUAGCGCAGGUGGUGGGAUCAAUACUAGCGAGUGGGACAUUGUACAUGCUGUUCGAGGUAGACGACGAGUCGUAUUUUGGGACGUUGCCGUCAGGAUCAAAUGUUCAGUCACUGGUGAUGGAGAUCAUCACUUCUUUCUUGUUGAUGUUCGUUGUUUCUGCUGUUGCAACUGAUACGAGAGCUAUUGGAGAACUGGCAGGAAUUGCAGUCGGCAUGACGAUUGCUGUGGAUGUCUUCAUUGCUGGGCCAGUGUCUGGAGCAUCAAUGAACCCAGCAAGAAGUAUUGGGCCAGCAAUAAUAAUGAACAUUUAUGAUUCCAUUUGGGUGUAUGUAGCUGGCCCCUUCAUUGGCGCCAUUGUUGGCGCCUUUGCCUACAGCCUCAUUAGAUUCACUGAUAAGCCUCUCCGAGAAAUCAGCAAAGCUCCUGGUUCCAUGUUUAAAUGCGUCUCCACUCGCUUGUAAUAAAUCUUUUCUCAUCUUAAUCCGUCAUUACAUGAAUCUUUCCGACUUAAUUUAGAUGUAGUAGCCGUGAAAUCCGUACAAACAUAAGUGGGUUUCUCUUUUAAUUUCAUAGAGUUUCAUCUUAUUUAUUUGUCAU